CGAAAACAUUCGCACACAAAGCAUCAUGGCUAUCAAAACCAUUUAUUUUCUCUUCGCCCUGCUGGCAGCUCUGCUGAUGGUCCAGACAAUCUCAUGUGUAGAAGAAAAUGAGCAAUACGGUGAUUUAUCUGGUGACCAAUCUGAUCUUCUUUUCAUCGAGAACCCGGACACAGAGCCAGUAGUGAUUAGUCCCGCGCAAGCUCUUCUAGACUCCCCGACCAGGAACCGUGUCUGCAACUCCGCCACAUGUCAGCGCGUGUGUCGAUCACUCAACUUCAGAUACGGUCGCUGUAACAGAAACAGAGUUUGUGUUUGCUCAAACUCUUAAACUUUAUUGAAAAAUUACUUUUGUUUCAGUGUGUAAGUAAUAUUUUAAAAUUAAAGCGACUUUGUUUCAUAA